UCGGUCCAAUCCAUAUGAGUGUAAAAAUUUAAUACUGUAUAAAAUAAAAUACUUAGUGUCUCAAUGGAACAAACUAGUGCGAUCCUGUAUCCUGUUAAUGAAAAUGCCUUGAUGAUAAACAUCGACAGGACUUCUUCAUCCCAAGUAUAUUUUAGCAGACCAAGAGUCAGAGCUGCAAGUCACCUUGGAAAGGAUUCUUUAACGGAGGUCGUCGAUGUAAAUAAAUUGUCUCAGAAAAACACGUCGGUAAUUCAACUGGUUGAAAUUGCUGAAGCCCAAGGUCGGUUGUAUUGCAUAGAUAGUCUUGUAAACACUUCUUGCUGGUUAAAGAUCGUCACAUUCGCGAAUGACUGUCAGAGUAGCAAUGUACUUUUAAUGACCACUAACAAGGGUGUAAUUUUGAAAACGUUAAGAAACAUAAAUCCCGGUGAACCACUGCUAAUGUGGUUCACCGAAAAUAUUCUAGCUAUCCUGAACAUUCCAUUUUUAAAGCCAUACAAUAUACAAGGUCAGAAUCGUUACAUUUGUCACAUAUGCGACAACCUGUUCGAGUAUCCCAAUCCUUUAAAAAUACAUUUGGCCCUAAAAUGCAAUCGACUGGAUAAUAAUUAUCUUUGGUGCACAUUGGCAAAAGAGUUUGAUUCAUCGCUAAAAUCAAGCUUAUCUCCCUCCAAAUCGAGUUUCAAAUUCAAACUGACCAAAUCAUCGCAAGCUGCUUCCAAUAGAAUAUCAUCGACAUCAGUACAAAUCACAGAUAUUACCGUUUCAACUAAUAAUAAUUCAUCACAAUCUUCCAACCAAAUCUCUCCAUCUUCUUCGCAUUCACUCUCUUCUGAUUCUCUGUCCUCGCAAAUAUCAUCGAACUUGUCAACUCAACGGACUUCUAUAAGAAAAGAUAUACCACAGCGACAGUCUGCUUUUAAGCCAUACUCAAAUCAAAACAGAAACAUCUCUCCACCAACGAGGAACGAAACUGAUUCGACGCCGUACAGUGUUCAAACGAUAGCACCAAGCACUGCCGACAUUCAUGCAGCACAUAUGGAGACGAUCGUCAGCAAUCUUGGUAAAUCGGGACAAGGACAUCUUUGUAUCUAUUGUGGAAAAAUUUACUCGAGGAAAUAUGGUUUAAAAAUACACAUCAGAACCCAUACCGGUUAUAAACCUUUAAAGUGCAAAUACUGCUUUCGAGCAUUUGGAGAUCCCAGCAAUUUAAAUAAACAUGUACGAUUACACGCGAACGGUGAAACACCUUACAAAUGUGUAUUAUGUGGAAAAAUUCUUGUAAGAAGGAGAGAUCUUGAUAGACAUCUAAAAUCGAGACAUGUAGAAAACCGAGAUACCGAUCACACCUCAGAUUCGUCCGAUGAAAUUAAUAUUUAAAUUUAAACUAGAAGUCUAAACUCGUUCAUUAUUAUAAUCAGUCGACUUAAGGAAGUCAAAGGCAUCGAUUAUUUUUUUAAUAUUUGAACAAUAUUGUAAAUAUACUGUUAAAGUGCACGAAUGCAUUUUGUGUGCAAAAUUAUUUAUUCCAAGAAAUGUAUUGUAGGAACAAUACAUUUUAGUUGGAAAAAAUAACUAAUAAAAGAAAUUAA